UGCCGGCUGCGUGUGUGAACCAGGCCGAACACUGGUUUGUAGAAAGACGCCCUCUUCUUGCGCGGGCGGGAUGUGCAAGGAGGGGGUUUAUUCCAAGAGGAAUACAGACGAGCAGUUAUAUGCUUCACAUGGUCGCAGUGCCCCCCCUCUCCCACUCUCUCGCUCUCUUCCUCUCUCGCGCUCCUCAGCCAAUCUGCGCGCGAUGACGCCGCGCAAAGGCAGGAUCUAGUCUUGGCUUCAUCAUCAUAUUUAACACACCCACCCAGAUUCACACAUGCUACAAGAGGUGCGUUCUCCUAUCCCGCCGCACUCCCGGAGGUUGCCCGGCCCGCCAGGGGGAUUUCUGCCUCUUUGCAACCUGUGCACAUUUCUCCGCCGGCUCGCCUGUAUGUAAUAAUCGGGACUCGAUGUGGCCGAAUUACGCAUCCUGGGUCGCCGGGGUGAAUGAGAGCACGCACUGCUUUCCGGGGACUUUCCCGAGAAACACUUGAAUGUGAAGAGCUGCACUUCUCGUAUUUCCAGAUUUUCUCUCUCUCUCGUCCUCGCUCUCUCUUUCUCUCUCUCGGCGUCCCAGCUUCUCUUCCCCUACACUGGAACGGGGCUGGACGGCGAGACCGAUGCGCGCAGUUGGAUCUCUUGGGCACGCUCGUUUGACGGAUCAUUUUCGCCGCGUAUCACAGCUGCCUUAGUGUCCUCCCCCACUUUUCUGCCAGUCGGUGUCAGUUCGGGAAAGGGGGUAGACGUCCAGCGCGAAGAGGAUGAGGCUUGGGCAGAUCGACCGCUGGUCUGAGCCGACUCGACCUGUUUUACCUGGACUCCUGCGGAUGAUUUUGCGCUUCUGAAACCUCGCCCAGCAACACCCGCGACUCCAGCAGGACUCUGAUGUUGAAAAUACAAAGGUUGAACGCUGAAUCCUUUACUCAAGACGGCAAGUGAAGAUGGGUCGUACGUGUUUAAUGUGUAUUUCAUUAGAUUGGCGUCCAGUCUGAUAAACAUCAUCAGCGAUGUAGUCAGCCUGUUCAUCUGCGUGCUGAUCAUUUGCAGUAAAUACUCACAUCUGCUCAAAAGGGAGACCAUGAAGAUGAUACUCCUUCGCAAAUUCCGGUUUUUGAUCCUCAUGGUGUUCCUCAUCGCGUGCUCCAUGCACAUAAUGAUAGACUUGUUACCGAAGCUGGAGCGGCACGGCAACAGCGGCUGCUCCUGCUCGCACACGCCGAGCGAGGAGCCCCAGAGCUGGGGGAAGCAGGGCUGGCCUAACAAGCACACUCUGCGGAUCCUUCAGGACUUCAGCAACGAGCCCAGCUCGAACGUUUCCUCCCACUCCCUGGAAAGGAUCCCGGUGACGGGCGACAAAACGCAGGCUUUCAAGAGGCUCCAGGAGCAUCAGGGGCUGCGCGGUGACAGGAAGAGGCAGUUCAUGCAGGACCCCACGGUGACCAAGAACAUGCCCGUCAAGGGUUCAAGGUUGUCUGCUCUCUACGACCACCCCUUAUAUAAAAGACCCCUGCCACCCCUGACGGAUGAGGACACUUUGUUCAACGUCAACACGGACAUCAGAUUUGACCCCAAGGCGGCAGAGGAUCAGUCAUGGGCAGGGGAAGGCAACGUAGACGAGUUCGGCCCCACAGGGGGGCUGACGGCCGACUCAUACCCCAACUGGCUGCGCUUCCACAUUGGGAUUAAUCGAUACGAGCUGUACUCCAGACACAACCCUGUCAUCGAUGCUCUCUUGAAGGACCUGGUUACCCAGAGGAUCACCAGCGUUGCGAUGAAGUCCGGAGGCACGCAGCUAAAGCUCAUCAUGACCUUCCAGAACUACGGCCAGGCAUUGUUCAAACCUAUGAAGCAGACCCGGGAGCAGGAAACCCCCCCGGACUUCUUCUAUUUCUCUGACUUCGAAAGACACAACGCCGAGAUCGCCGCCUUUCAUCUGGACAAGAUCCUGGACUUCCGCCGUGUGCCCCCCGUGGCCGGCAGGCUGGUCAACAUGACGAAGGAGAUCCGGGAUGUUACGCGAGAUAAAAAGCUCUGGAGGACCUUCUUCAUUUCACCAGCCAACAACGUGUGCUUCUACGGGGAGUGCUCCUACUACUGCUCCACUGAGCACGCUCUGUGCGGGAAGCCGGACCAGAUUGAAGGGUCUCUGGCAGCCUUCCUGCCAGACCUGGCUCUGGCCAAACGCAAGACCUGGAGGAACCCGUGGAGACGCUCCUACCACAAGCGCAAGAAGGCAGAGUGGGAGGUGGACCCAGACUACUGCGAGGAAGUCAAACAGACUCCACCUUAUGACAGCGGCACACGACUGCUGGACAUCAUGGACAUGACUAUCUUUGACUUCCUCAUGGGAAACAUGGAUCGCCACCAUUAUGAGACGUUCGAAAAGUUCGGAAAUGAGACUUUCAUCAUCCAUUUGGACAAUGGUAGAGGCUUUGGAAAACACUCCCACGAUGAGCUGUCCAUCCUGGUGCCAUUGACCCAGUGCUGCAGGGUGAGGAAGUCCACUCACUUGCGUCUGCAAAUGCUCGCUAAGGAAGAAUACAAGCUGUCCACGCUCAUGGCAGAGUCCCUGGUGAGGGACCGUCUCACUCCUAUCCUCAUCCAGCCACAUCUGGACGCCAUGGACCGGCGACUGCGCCAGGUGCUAAACGUGCUGUCAGAAUGCAUCGAAAAAGAGGGUUACAGCUAUGUGGUGGAGGACGACCUCCAGGGAGACCAAGGGACAGACCACGCUCACAGCGGCCCAAGACGGAGGUAGCUGCCCCGGGGUGUUGGUGGCAAGAUUGGGCUGACUCCCUAGACUGGACUGAGUUAAUCCGGUCUUUCUCUCAAACUGUACUAGCAUCCCGCAACGCAGAUGAGCCCCAUCUGUGCUGGAUUUCUCAGAGGGCUUGAUUUUUCGCUGAACUUGCAGGGGAGCCCACCUGCCUGAGGUAAAAUAUAAAGCCGCGUGGAAGUGGAAGCCUGCUGGAUGGGACUGGACUUUAACAAAGAGCGCAGUGGCUUUAGCCGCACCGAUGCUUGUGGCGCAGGCGAUGUCGAAGACUUCUGGAUGGAUCUGCGGCUGCUGGACAGAAGUGAACCACCGCACAUCACCUAGACUCCUUAAAGUAUCCAACCCUGACUGUAGUGUAGGAUAGUAUCACCACAGCUGACCCAAACGCCCACCGACCCACUGCAGCAACCAAACCAUUGAAGUCUUGCAAAAGGCGCCUUCUCUCUGUCUGGUUCGGGACCCUUUUCUUUUGAAUUCAGUGAAUUCUGAUGGGCUUGUAAAGAAUCUCCCCGUCUUCACAAAUGUGUGUUUCUACUAACUGUUGGUAUUGCAAGUGUUUUGGCUGAACAUUCCCAGAGAAGUAGGAGGAGGAGGAGGUGAAUGUCCUGUUGUCUUCAUUAUCAAAAUGAUGUUUUAUUGAUUUGCUGCAAAAAUGUUUUUAUUGCAUUGUGUCUCUUUUUUUUAAAGAAAAUUGAUUUCUGCUGAGGUUUUUCAGCACCUUAUAGUUGCUAUUCCACAUCAAAAAUAUUUGAUUGGAGUGCAGGUUUACUCCUGGAUUUGUCCAUUAAUUUUGCCCAUAAAUGUUAAAUGUCCUUGAGAGAGUAUUUAUUAAAAUUCAUAUUUAUUGUUUGAAAUGAAUACUAAUCAGUACCACAACAACACAUUACUUGCUGUCGAAAGUGUGCAAUUGAAUUUACAUCACAGAGGUGUACUUCCGCGUUUGUCCAAAAGAGGGCAAACUGAGCACGUGCAAGAGUGGCUGCCAGCUCAAUGCCGCUCAUUAAAGUCAACCCUCUCCAUAUUUUAGCCCAUUACAAAUCAGAUCGGCUUUAAAAUUGGUUUACAGCCACCAUGAUCUUCAUCUUUGCAACUGCUGUUUUUGUUUGCUUCCAAGGCAACAGAUAUGAGGUUAGAUUUACGGUACCAAAAGCCAAAUGUGACACUAAUAGUUUUAUAUUAUUGUUUCUUUGUAAUAUAUUUGAUGUCCAGAUGUUGCUGUUGUGGAGAGAUUAUUUUUCAGGAUGUAUAUUUCAUUCAUCGCCAACAGCUGAUAGCUUAACUGUUGGUGUCAAUGAUUCAGUCACUGGCUGAAAGUUAAUAUAUACAGUAGGAAAAUCUAGUGCCUGUGCAAUGAUAGAAAUACUUGAAUGUCUGGUUUCAUAGCGGAAAGGUUUAAGCUCCUCCCGGGUACAAGCUAUAGGUAAGAUUCGGUGGUCUCCAUAUGUGUACGUGCUGACUCCAUCUGUUCCAUAAGGUUGUUAUUCUACAGUCUGAGUUCCCAUUGUCCUGUGUCAGGGCAGCACAGUGUGUAUGGAUGUAUGGGUGGAUCCAUGGAGGACCUUAGAUGGUGUUCUUGAAGUGAAAACGCUUCUUCUUUUCUUUCUUUUUUCUUUUUUUUUUUUUAAAUUGAACUCAUUGUUUCUGUGGAUUUUAUUUUUUAAUUUCAUUGCAUCAUGGUAAAAGUGCAAUAAAACAAAAUAAGCAGAA